AUGAAGCGGGAGUCGGAGCUGGAGCUGCCGGUGCCCGGAGGGGGAGGAGACGGAGCCGAGCCCGGCCUGAGCAAGCGGCCGCGCACCGAGGAGGCGGCGGCCGAAGGCGGCGGGAUGCAGAACGAGCCUCUGACCCCAGGUUAUCAUGGAUUCCCAGCGCGGGACAACCAGGGUAACCAGGAGCCAACAACAACUCCUGAUGCAAUGGUUCAGCCUUUUACUACCAUCCCAUUUCCACCACCUCCACAGAAUGGAAUUCCCACAGAAUACGGAGUGCCACACACUCAGGACUAUGCCGGCCAGACCAGUGAGCAUAACCUGACGCUCUACGGAAGUACGCAAGCCCACGGCGAGCAGAGUAGCAACUCGCCCAGCACACAGAACGGGUCUCUGACGCAGACAGAAGGGGGAGCACAGACAGACAGCCAGCAGUCACAGACACAAAGUAGUGAAAAUUCAGAGAGUAAAUCUACCCCCAAACGACUGCAUGUCUCUAAUAUUCCUUUCCGCUUCCGGGACCCUGACCUCCGACAGAUGUUUGGGCAAUUUGGCAAAAUCCUAGAUGUAGAAAUAAUCUUUAAUGAACGUGGCUCUAAGGGAUUCGGGUUCGUAACUUUCGAGAAUAGUGCUGAUGCAGACAGGGCCAGGGAGAAAUUACACGGCACCGUGGUAGAGGGCCGUAAAAUCGAGGUUAAUAAUGCCACCGCACGCGUAAUGACCAAUAAGAAGAUGGUCACCCCAUAUGCAAAUGGUUGGAAAUUAAGCCCAGUAGUUGGAGCUGUUUACGGCCCCGAGUUAUAUGCAGCAUCCAGCUUUCAAGCAGAUGUCUCCCUAGGCAAUGAUGCGGCAGUGCCCCUGUCAGGAAGAGGGGGUAUUAACACUUACAUUCCUUUAAUCAGUAAUUGAAAUUUCUGUCCUAUUUUGGGUCUCCCUUUAGUUCCUGGCUUCCCGUACCCGACUGCAGCCACCACAGCAGCUGCAUUUAGAGGAGCCCAUCUGAGGGGCCGAGGGCGGACGGUGUAUGGUGCAGUGCGCGCGGUACCUCCAGCAGCCAUCCCCGCCUAUCCAGGUGUGGUUUACCAGGACGGAUUUUACGGUGCUGACCUCUAUGGCGGAUAUGCAGCCUACAGAUACGCACAGCCUGCUACUGCAACCGCAGCUACAGCUGCUGCAGCCGCUGCGGCAGCUUACAGCGACGGUUAUGGCAGGGUGUACACAGCAGACCCCUACCAUGCCCUUGCCCCUGCCGCUAGCUAUGGAGUUGGCGCUGUGGCAAGUCUAUACCGAGGUGGCUACAGCCGAUUUGCCCCCUACUGA